AUGGCGGCCGUGUCGGUAUUCCCGUCCCCAGGCGAGCUCGGCGCGGCGCUGGCGCGGUCGGUGGCGGAGGCGGCGGCCGAGGCGGUGGCGAGCGGCGGCCGCUUCACGCUGGGGCUGUCCGGGGGCUCGCUGGUGCAGCUGCUGGCGCGGGAGCUGCCGCCCGCCCUCAGCGCCGUGGCCGGCUCCGAGCCGAGCCGUUGGCUGGUGGCGUUCUGCGAUGAGCGCCUGGUGCCGCCCGAGCACCCCGAGAGCACCGGCGGCGCCUACCGGGCCCAGCUGCUGUCCCAGCUCGCUGCCCCCCCCCAGGUGCUCUGGGUCCGUUCCGAGCUGGGCCCGGCCGAGGCUGCGCGGGAAUACGAGGGCAGGCUGAGACAGGCGUUCCCAGGCGAGGACCCCCCCCAGUUUGACCUGCUGCUGUUGGGGGUGGGGCCGGACGGUCACACCUGCUCGCUGUUCCCGGGACACGCCCUGCUCCAGGAGCAGAAUUCCCUGAUUUCCCACCUGGAGGACUCUCCCAAGCCGCCUCCCCGGCGGGUGACGAUGACGCUGCCGCUGCUCAACGCGGCCAAAUCCGUCCUGCUCGUGGCCACCGGGGCUGCCAAGGCCCCUGUGAUCAAGGUUUGGGCUGAAAUCCUGAAAUUUUGGGCAAAAUCUGGGAUUUUGGGG